UCAGUACCGACGUUCUCGUGCCACAAGUAACUUUGCUCAAUCCUUGUUCUCUUUCAUUUUCUUCAUUCCGAUGAAUGCAGCAUCAUCGACGUCCGUAGUAUCCAAUGGCUUUUCGAGCAACGGGGUUACACCUCCUACUGGGCAGUCAGAAUGCUCAUUCAAUGGCAGCCAGCAUGAGCCAACGAAUUUUGCUGUGCCUAAUGGAUUCUCGCAUCCUCCGUACCAAAUGCACAACGAGGAGAUAGUACAUCACCUCUAUCAUGCGGGAUUUCAGACUGGUAAUUAUGCCGACACCAUACUUCAUGUGCAUCAAAAUACCUACCGCCUUCAUGCCAUCAUUCUUUCAAGAUCGCCGUUGCUAGCGCAUCUUAUGUCAACCUCACCUCAGUCAGGAGCUCAGCGUGUGAUAUAUGUACAGCUUGAACAUGAGCCAGAGGUUACCCAAGAAGGCUUUGCCAUAGCGCUAGGAUAUCUAUAUUCAUCGGUUUCGCUAAGUCUCAUCCGGCCUGACAACGCACGAGGCGUACUUGCAGCUGGUUGUCUACUGGGAGGCAUGGAUGAAUUGUGCGGUUAUGCUUAUGAUGGAUGCAGACAGUCGAUCAACGUGGAGACAAUCAAUGAAUGGCUCACGUUCAUCGACACGAUUCCUUCAUCGCCGGAUGAAUCUCUCACCCCUGAGCUGUCGCUUACGUCUGUCUUCGGUCACUUUGCCCAAAGAUUGCGGGAUGAUGUUUUUCACUUCCUCGUGGUGACACUCCCCAACGCCCUGGAAAUUAAUUCAUCCGAGUCGGACCCAUCACAAGGCCACACCGGUCGUGACACCCUGUUGCGUGUAUUUUCCCUUGUGCCCUUCGACAUGUUUAAAUCGGCGGUCGAAUCACGCGCGUUUGAAAUUGGAUCUGAUCAAAGUCGUUUUAAGUUUGCGAAGGAUGUUAUAGAGAUGAGGAAGAAGGGGAUUGCACGAGGGCACGGGGCAGAAGAAACGGUUGUUUUAGCAUUCGGCGGAGGGCAUCCUGGUGGAAGCGCCGUUCACGUCACUCGAAAGAUACGAAAGCGGCCCCUAUGGAAGGUCAACUCAUGAAACUGAAUCUUAUUGGGAAAGUCGUAUUACGUGACUUUUACUCUUGCAAUCCUAGUUGACCUAUUUUUUGCUCCUCGUUGAGGUACUCAGUGCUCACGCGCGCCAAUGCUCCUGAGCGUUAGUUUGGAGUGAAAAAAUAUCCUUGAAAUAGGCUGAUUAUCUAUCGUGUAAUCUGAAAGGCAAUUGACUUGGCAACGUGCGUUAUUGGCCUUCAGAACGCUCCGGAACUUGCAACUGAGCAUUAAUAUUGGACCGGGUCGAGGACGCUCAGCGUAGCGGGCUCGCCUUCGCCGUACACGAUUUAUCCCGUGCAUGUGCAUACCGGUUAUCGCCCGAUAUAGUAAAAAACAGGUUCCGAGAGCAUACCGGAUGAAUAUUGAAUUAUCCACCUCAAUCCCGAAAUUGGUGACGACUCCGGACCCUUUUCGGUUUUUUUAGAUGAAG